AUGUACGGCAACCCCGACACUCAGUCUGGCUCAUCUACUCCUCGACCAGCAUCAUCCGCCAACAACAGUAGCUCAUCGCAUUCGCAGUCGCAUUCGCAUACUCAGCAGCAGUACCAGUCACAGCAUAACAACAACAUGUCCACUCUCACGCCGUCUGAAGCUGGCCGCGCGCCGACCUGGGACGCCAUCGUCCAGGAGCGAGAUGCACAGGUUCAUCAUCAGACUGCUUUCAUCCCGCGCUCUGCUCUUGCCGACGGAUCUCGUACAAGGCGGGCAAACACUCUCAAUGACGCUAGACCUGUAUUGGAUACACCUGGUUACAGCAACGUCAACAUUGAUAUCCCAUUGGAUCCGCAGUCUUCGUUGCAUAUGGAAGUCACUCAUAAUGGUAUGGUUACUGAGCUAGUCGCUCGAUUUGAGUCUUAUGGCGCUUACUCUGACGCCUGCGAAGUAUCCAACGAUCCUACCGAGUCAUCUUCUGGUAUCGACAACGCCGCUGCACACCAGGAGCAAGUCGAACAGCAGUACGACGCGUAUACCAUCGGCACAUCAGGACGCAGUCCCCGCAAAUCCAUACCCACUCAAUGGCUUACAAAGAGUACCGCCCCCAACCUCGCAACGGCGCAGCGUGCAAAGGCGCGUACAUCCAAGACAGCAUGGGACAGUGACUCUCCAGAUGAAGUCAAGACACUCCGUGGAACACGCAGCUCCGUUGAUCUCAGUAGAGCUCAUGGCAAGGACAGCGCAACGUUUCUUACAAAGGAAGCCCUAGCUACUGUCGAGAACACCAUAGCAUCGCCCACGUCUCCGCUUAGCCCCAGCAGACUGCAUGGCUCUCCAACGAAGCGGCCAUGGAACAGCCCCACCGGGUCACCUCUACGCAGCAGCGCGCGUCACCAGUCAAGCUUCUCCCUCCGCAUGUCGCCGACAAAGUCAACACACCUCAAUACCGACUCGAUUUCUGCAGGACACUCGCGAGCAUCUAGCAGCGUUGCGACUUCCACUGGCAGGGCUUCGUUUCACACUGCACAAGGGUCGCCAGUAAGGAGUCCUGCAAGCACGGAGCAUAGCUUCCAAUCUGCUGCAGAGAACCCUGAAGACCUUGACGUCCCCAGUGUCGACUUUUAUGCUGACAGCGAUGAUGAGCAGGUGCAGCACGAGUCUGGUAGUCCGCGAUCUGCCACCGCGAGAACGAACGCUGAAGGAAAGCGAAAGUCAUUGACACCGAGGCUUUCGCUUGUCAUUCCUACGCCUGGCCGUGACAAUCAUGAAGGGUCCAUGGACUCCCGCGUUGCCGGCGGUCCGCUGAGUCCGGAAUCGCCCACCCAAGUGUCUCGCAUUCCCCGAGCCGGCACCAGCAGCAAGACCGCGCCCCCCGUACGCACCAUCAAGCACGUCGAAUCUGUCAAGUCAUUGCAGAAGAAGAUCAAGGAGCUACAGCUAGCUAUGCAGAUGGAUGCAGCCCAAUUAGAUGCUAUCCAGAUCCCCCUACCCGCGACGCCCGCGCCGGCCCCUCUACGCCAUGUCCGCACCGUCGACAGCACCGGUUCGACUCCGAUCAUUUCGCGAAGUUCUGGGUCACACAAGCAUAGUGGAAUGGCUGAUGUUGCUUCUGAAGAUGACCAAAACCAGUCCACUCGCGGCAAGGGCCCUGCUAUUUCGGCCGAUGUCACCAGCCCAGACCAGCCAAACGACGCACUGGGAUGUGAUGCUAGCUACGAGCACGCUCAAAUGUCCAACUUCGAUCAAGAGGCAGCGCAUAACACCGUACAACCCAAGAACGUGCCAUGGGGUGUUUCGAGAAGUCUUGCUCAUGGUACGACGCUCACACGUCCUAUCAGCGUACCCACGAUCGUCGUCAUGAUGGCUCACAAUUUGGACAUAGGGAACCUGAACCUCAACACCCAACAACACGAGGCUGUUUCCGACUCCACGAACCGAGUCGAUGACGUUGAGAACGCGUCUUCAUCCAGAGGAAGGAGUGAACGGUAUGUACCCAGUGAUCGUAAUCAAGCAGACAGCGGGCGUUCAUCGCAAUCUAGUAUGGGCUCGGACCUUCGCGCAACUGCUACGGAAUUCGUACCUCAGCCUCCGACCACGACCAGUCCGAUCGACGCUACCACGGAGAACACACCUCUCAGUCAAUCUCUCGACAUAGCCGACCUGCCGGAUGCGACGGUGCUCGAUAGAAACGGCGUACCUUUCCUUUGGUACAUGUACGGCGUACAGUUUGCUUACGAACAGGGUUACCGCAACGGUCGUCCAAAGUCGCCCAAGAAGUACAAGCCAAACAAGAACCAGCGCAAGUCUAUCUCCUCUCCAGCCGAUGCUGCGCCUUAUGUCUCAAAGGCCGUCCCCAUCAACAACCCCGGACUAGCGACUCCUCUUUCGGCUGCAGCGAAGCAGCGCAUGACAUCCGCAGAGCUGAUGCCGCCUCCACCACUCCCUACUAGACCACGUCAGGAGGAGACUCACCAAGAAAACUACCAUCCCAGUUCUAGUCGCAUGAUGUCACCCCCGCAGAUACUCGAGCCUGUCCCAAACCAGCCUUUCGCACACCAGCUUAGCUUGAUCGAACAGACCGCCAACAGCAACGCUCCCCGUCACUUUGGCGUUAACCCACAACCCUGGGCUGGUUUCCCAUCUGGCCCUCGCAACGCGCAUCCUCCCACGUACUACACAGUACCCCGCCAUGGUCACCGCAACAACCGUGGCAAUGGCCUGUACGGCGGUCGCGGCAACGCUGCCGGUGUCCCCAUCGAUGCUACCGCACCGUUCCCCAACCCCACCGCACCACAGGGCCGACCUGACCAACGCCAGACCUACGAGCCGGCAGCCGUUGAUUACUCAGACUACACUAUCGGAAAGGAAUCUUGCGGUCUGGUCAACAUCGCUGUUGCGACAGAGCGUGCUGGUGGCGAGCCAUGUAAUGCAUGUGCCCCCGACCAUUGA